AUGGAUAUUCAGCGAGCAAUGAAUUCAAUGCACACGCGUUUGAAGCUGGUAGCAUUCGUGCACUUCAUUCUGAUUGUGCUGGCUCUCGGAAGUGCUUGGCUGCCAUCGGCUUAUCUGUUCUAUAACCUCCUAUACAUGGUAGCACUGUUCUGGGCGAUACACUGUCGCGAAUCGAUCGACGCGGUCCAAAUUUGUGCCGUCAUCAAUGGGUUUAGCUUCUUCUUCGAUCUGAUGGGUAUCAUUUCGUACUUUCCAUCGCACGGUAUCUUUUCCGCCGUGUUUGCCAUACUCAACCUGGUCAUCCGUCCGUUCAGUUUGUUGCUGCUGCAGCGUGAACUUUCCGACCGUGGCGGAAGCUUCGAUCUCGGGCACGAUGGUACGGGCGGCGUUGGUGAACACCCGACCAGCUACGAGGAUAUUGAUGCACCGCACCAGCAGACACCGUCGCACGGGCAGGUGAAUGUUAAUCUGUUCAAGUGA